AUGGGUCGUUCGCCCAUUCACCGGGCCGUCCUGGCUGCUCUAUGGCUUACGCUCUUGUCGCUUGCAGCAGCGAUCGCACUUCCUAAACCAGAUUCCCAAUCGGAAGUGCCAUUCGAGAAUGAGGUCUCCACACUUCAGGCUCGAGCCGACAAGUUUCUCUUGAGAAUCAUGCCUCUUGGCGCAUCGAUCACGAUGGGAUACAAAUCCACCGACGGUAAUGGCUAUCGAGAACAUAUCCGCCAGCAGCUCCGCUACGAGGGCUGGCAGGUUGACAUGGUCGGAAGCAAGAGAAACGGCACCAUGCACAACAACCAUCACGAAGGCCAUAUCGGCUUCAGAGUCGACCAACUUAUGGAUGUCGUUGAUCAAACCAUCCCAAAGCAACCAAACCUAAUCCUCAUCAACGCCGGCACCAAUGACGCCACACAAAAACACUCAAUCUCCUCCGUGGGCACGCGGAUGAAUAGCCUCAUAAGUAAACUAAUCGACCAGAUCGAAGGCACAACAAUAAUCCUCUCGACACUCCUUCCUAACGGACUCGAACCGGAACUCGUAAAAGAAAUCAACAAACAAUACCGCACCCUUGCAGCAUUCUGGCGCGCGAAGAACGGCCGUGUCGUUCUCGCCGAGAUGAGCAAUCUCAUCAAAGAAGACCAGUUGGUCGAUGGUACCCAUCCGGAUGAUUACGGGUACAAGGAGAUGGCGUCGGUUUGGUGGGCGGCUAUUCAGGUUGCGCAGGCCGAGGGGAUGCUUCAGCAGGCGAGUGAUACGAGCGUGAAUGGGACUAUCAGUGACGCUUUCGAGAAGAGUCUUGAUGAUAGUACGGAUAAUCCGGAUCUGCCGGCUUAUGCGGCGACGCCGCAGCCGGUGCUUAACGGUGGGGUUUCUAAUGUGGGCUUGGGGAUGGGGUGGAUCCUGGGCUUGCAGGUCUUAGGCAGUGCUUUGAUGAUGGGAUGUUUAUGA